AUGGCCCCUAUCAUCCAUUGCGUUCGGCACGCUCAGGGCCUGCACAACCUCUGCACAGAAAACCACGUUAUCCACGAUCCCCUUCUCACAGACCUUGGCCACGAGCAAUGCCGCAAAUUGCGCGAGAACUUUCCCCGCCAUGCCGAGAUCGACCUGGUGACUGCCUCGCCACUCCGCCGCACCUUGUACACUGCGCUUGAGAGCUUCGGGCCUGUCUUCGAGACAAAGCCAGAUCUAAAAGUUAUUGCGCUUCCCGAUAUCCAGGAGACUUCAGACGUUGCAUGCGACACUGGUAGUGAUCCUUCCGCUCUGAAAGACGAGUUCAAGUCGCACGUUGAUUUAGAUCUCGUGCAGGAUGGAUGGAAUAACAAGGUAUACUUCUUUCGGGAGCGGCAAUCGGGUCGCUACGUACCAACCAAUCAUGCUCUCAAGGAGCGUGCUCGCGCAGCCCGCCGUUGGUUGAAAGCCCGACCGGAGAAGGAAAUCGUUAUGGUCACGCACGGCGGUUUCCUACACUACUUUACCGAAGACUGGGAAGACAGCAGCACUGGCUGGACCAACACCGAAUACCGCACUUACACUUUCUCCGAGGAGACACACACGGAGGACCUAGAGGGAUACGAAUUGGAUGGUGAUAAUGCUUCCAUUGAGGAAACUCUUGACUCGCGGCAGCGCCGCGGUAAGAGUGGACCUAUGGCUAGCCGUGAGGAACAAAAACUUCUGUAUAAGAAGGGUACUCAAGGGUGGGAUGACCAGGGAUUGCAAAUGAGCACCGCCGAUCGGGAGGCGGCUAAGGUUCCUGAAGGCAAGGAGAUCAAUGGUGUCCGAGUAUAG